AUGCCGGACCCCGCGGCGCACCUGCCCUUCUUCUACGGCAGCAUCUCGCGCGCCGAGGCCGAGGAGCACCUGAAGCUGGCGGGCAUGGCCGACGGCCUCUUCCUGCUGCGCCAGUGCCUGCGCUCGCUGGGGGGCUACGUGCUCUCGCUGGUGCACAACGUGCGCUUCCACCACUUCUCCAUCGAGCGCCAGCUCAACGGCACCUACGCCAUCGCCGGCGGGACGGCGCACUGCGGCCCCGCCGAGCUCUGCGAGUUCUACUCGCGCGACGCCGAGGGGCUGCCCUGCAACCUGCGCAAACCGUGCAACCGGCCGUCGGGGCUCGAGCCGCAGCCCGGGGUCUUCGACUGCCUGCGCGACGCCAUGGUGCGCGACUACGUGCGCCAGACGUGGAAGCUGGAGGGCGACGCCCUGGAGCAGGCUAUCAUCAGCCAGGCGCCCCAAGUGGAGAAACUCAUAGCCACCACGGCCCACGAGCGGAUGCCCUGGUACCACAGCAACCUGACGCGCGAGGAGGCCGAGCGCAAACUCUACGCGGGCUCGCAGACCGACGGCAAGUUCCUGCUGAGGCCCCGGAAAGAGCAGGGCACGUACGCGCUGUCUCUGAUCUAUGGGAAAACCGUGUACCACUACCUCAUCAGUCAGGACAAGGCGGGCAAGUACUGCAUACCCGAGGGGACCAAGUUUGACACGCUCUGGCAGCUGGUGGAGUACCUGAAGCUGAAGGCAGACGGGCUCAUCUACUGUCUGAAGGAGGCCUGUCCCAACACCAGUGCCAGCGCCAGUGCAGGGGCCGCUGCUCCCACACUCCCAGCCCACCCAUCCACGUUCACUCACCCUCAGAGACGGAUCGACACCCUCAACUCAGAUGGAUAUACUCCUGAACCAGCACGCCUAGCGUCCCCAGAGAAACCGCGGCCAAUGCCCAUGGACACAAGCGUGUAUGAGAGCCCCUACAGUGACCCCGAGGAGCUCAAGGACAAGAAGCUCUUCCUGAAGCGCGAGAACCUCCUCAUAGCUGACAUCGAACUUGGUUGCGGCAACUUUGGCUCAGUACGCCAGGGCGUCUACCGCAUGCGCAAGAAGCAGAUUGACGUGGCCAUCAAGGUGCUGAAACACAACACAGAGAAGGCAGACAAGGAUGAGAUGAUGCGGGAGGCGCAGAUCAUGCACCAGCUGGACAACCCCUACAUUGUGCGGCUCAUCGGCGUCUGCCAGGUGGAGGCCCUCAUGCUGGUCAUGGAGAUGGCAGGCGGCGGGCCCCUGCACAAGUUCCUCAUCAUGAAGAAGUGA